AUGAGUUCAAGUUCGACUACGGCGACCAAGACUCCCCUGGAAAGUGUCCAGGCAUGCUGGGCGCGGGUGUCUCAAAACUCCCCGAUCUAUAACUUCCUACUCUCCGACGUUGUCCUCACUAGUGCCACGAACGGCUCGAUGGUCGCGACGCUGCCAGUCUCGCCGGAUCAUUUGAACUCUAAAGGCGUGCUGCACGGCUCUGUCUCGGCGACGAUCGUCGACUGGGCAGGCGGCAUGGCCAUCGCCAGCACAGGUCUCGAGAAGACGGGCGUCAGCACAGACAUCCACAUCUCCUACGUCUCGUCUGCUAAACUGGGAGACCGCCUGGUCAUCGAGGCCAACGUGACGAAGGUGGGCAGGAAUAUGGGCUUCACAACCGUGACGAUCUACAAGGCCGCAGCAGAGGGUGGGGAUGAGAACAAGACCGUCGUCGCGCACGGCACCCACACCAAAUACAUUCUGCGCGACCAGCAAAAAUAA